AUGAAGCUUCGCUCUCGUGGUGAUGGCGCUUCUUCUUCCAAAGGGAACAUGAAUCCCGAGUACAUAGAUGUCUCUGAUGAUGAUCCUGAUAUGAUAGAUUUGGAUGCCGAUUAUAAUGCAUUAAGUAAUGAAGACUCAGAAGAAGAGGCUGUAAUGGAAAUUGUUGAUGAUGAUUUUGGUGUGCCUAGUGUUUCAAAGGGGAGGAAAAGAGACUCGUCAAAGAUGAGGGGAGAACAGAGCCAUGAAGUAGAGAAUGGUGGCCUGGAAGGAGAGGGAGAAAGAGAGAUUGGUAGGAUUAUUGCGGAAGAAGUUGAGGGGAAUAUGUUGGGGUUUGAUUUUUCUGGAGUUGUUGAAGAGAUGCGUGAAGCCAUACAUGAGAGAAGGAAGAAGAGUAAGAAGAAGAAAGAUGAUAGACCCAUAUUAAUGUGGGAAGUAUUGGAACAAGAAAAUGAGAGGUGGGUUGCAGAAAAUUUGGCAAAAGACAUUGACUUGAGCAAUCAGAAUGACAUGGUGGCUGAAACUGUUGAUCCUCCGUCUGAAUUGAUAAUGCCACUUCUGAGGUACCAGAAAGAAUGGUUAGCUUGGUCGUUGAAGCAAGAAGAAUCUACUAUUAGAGGAGGCAUUCUUGCAGAUGAGAUGGGAAUGGGAAAGACUGUCCAGGCAAUAUCACUUGUUCUUGCUAAACGAGAAAUCAGCAGAGCAGCUUUUGGGAAUGAAUUGCCUUCACCUUCUACCUCAUCCUCCACGAAGUCUCCUGUAAUUAAAGGAACACUUGUUAUAUGUCCGGUGGUGGCUGUGAUGCAGUGGGUAAGUGAGAUAGAACGUUUCACUUCGAAAGGAAGCACGAAGGUGCUUGUUUAUCACGGAGCCAACAGAGAAAGGAAUAUUUAUCAGUUUUCUGAGUAUGAUUUUGUUAUAACUACGUAUUCAAUUGUGGAGGCUGAUUACAGGAAGUAUUUGAUGCCACCCAAAGAAAAAUGCCAGUGGUGUGGAAAACUAUUCUAUGAUCACAAGUUGAAAAUUCAUUUGAAAUAUUUUUGUGGACCUGGUGCUGAAAGGACUGAUAAGCAGUCGAAGCAGAAGAGGAAGGAUUACAAGCAGAAGAAAACAUCUGACCCUGUGGUUGAAACUAAGAAGAGAAAUCCCAAGAAAGGUAGGAAUCUUAAUGAUGGCGAGAAGGACAUGGGAAAUGGUGGUUUAAUUGAAACUUCAGUUCCAUCUGGACAAUUCUUGUCUAUAGGCAAAUCUAUAUUACACUCUUUGGAAUGGAAUCGUAUCAUUUUGGAUGAGGCUCAUUAUAUAAAAGACAGACGAAGUAAUACAACCAGAGCAGUUCUUGCUUUACAGUCUUCAUAUAAGUGGGCUUUAAGUGGCACACCCCUCCAGAAUCGUGUUGGAGAGCUCUACUCACUUGUAAGUUAUUCUGACAGUAGAUUAGUUUGUACCUCGACAGAGUGCUCGCACUGCCCUCAUAAAGCUGUACGACACUUUUGCUGGUGGAACAGAUAUGUUUCAACACCAAUACAGAAUUAUGGAAAUUCUGGGCUUGGUAGGGAUGCUAUGAUUUUGUUGAAGCACAAAAUUUUGAAAACCAUAGUGUUGAGACGUACCAAAAAGGGCAGGGCUGCUGAUCUUGCACUUCCUCCUAGAAUUGUUAACUUGAGGCGGCACACUCUGGAUAUUAGAGAAGAUGAUUAUUAUACAGCAAUGUACAAUGAGAGCCGGGCACAGUUUAAUACAUUUGUGGAUGCAGGGACUGUGAUGAAUAACUAUGCUCACAUAUUUGAUCUUCUAACGCGCCUACGACAGGCAGUUGAUCAUCCUUACCUUGUGGAAUAUUCUCUUACUGCAAUGGAAAGAAAGGGUAAAUCAGUUGAUACUAGCAAUGGUGAACAGUGUAGCUUGUGUCACGAUCUUGUAGAAGAUCCUGUUGUGACAUCAUGUUCACAUGUCUUCUGCAAAUCGUGUUUGAUUGAUUAUUCUGCUAGCAAGGGUCAGGCCUCCUGCCCUUUAUGUUCAAAGCCACUUACUGUUGAUUUCACUGCCAACAAGGAUUGCAAGGAGCAGAAUGCAAGAACCACCAUUAGAGGGUUCAGGCCCUCUAGUAUUUUGAAUAGAAUCCAGCUCAAUGAUUUCCAGACAAGCACCAAAAUAGAUGCUUUGAGAGAAGAAAUCAGAGACAUGGUCGAAAGAGAUGGUUCUGCAAAGGGAAUUGUCUUCAGCCAAUUUACAUCAUUUCUGGAUCUCAUACAUUACUCCCUUGAGAAGUCAGGAGUGAACUGUGUUCAGUUAGAUGGGUCUAUGUCCCUGGGAGCAAGAGAUACCGCUAUAAAAAAAUUUACUGAGGAUCCUGAUUGCAGAAUAUUCCUUAUGAGCUUGAAAGCGGGAGGUGUUGCACUCAAUCUUACAGUGGCAUCAAAUGUUUUCUUGAUGGAUCCUUGGUGGAAUCCUGCUGUGGAACGGCAAGCUCAGGAUAGAAUACAUCGAAUAGGACAAUACAAACCAAUCAGGAUUGUGAGGUUUAUCAUAGAAAAUACGGUCGAGGAGAGAAUUUUGAAAUUGCAGGAGAAGAAGGAAUUAGUAUUUGAAGGGACUGUGGGUGGCUCUUCAGAGGCUUUGGCUAAACUAACAGAGGCUGAUAUGAAAUUCCUGUUUGUGACCUAG